AUGGAUGCAGAAGAUUUUAAGCGUAAGGUUUCUGCCUUGAAGCGAAAAUUAUCAGAUAGUGCUAAGGAAGUCCAAACUAUUAAUGAGAAGGGUAGAGCAGCUCUCAAAGAUCCUGCUCAAGUGAACUUAUUCAAGGGUACUGUAGUUGCUGAGAUAAAAGAUGCUUCCGGAAGAUUUCAACCCAUACGUCUAGUGAUAGACUCAGGAAGUCAACAUUCCUUCAUAACUCACAAAUGCCUCACCAAACUUGGUUUAUCGACAACUCCAUAUCCAAAGAAGAUAUCGGCUAUUGGCCAGACCAUAUUUGAUGGUGCAAAAGGCAAAGCACUUUGUCAUCUGAAGCCAAAAAAUCAGGAAUCCCCUAUCCUCAAAACAGAAGCUGUUGUGAUCAACAAUAUUACUUCAUACCUACCCAACUUCACUAUGCCUUCUAACUUAUGGUCGGAAUAUACCAAAUUUGAACUAGCAGACCCUAACUUUUGGGAACCUGGACCUAUUGAGUUUUUAUUGGGCUCUGACUUGUUUCCAGAUGUUUGGCUUGGAUCUUCGAUUACUCUUCAUGAAAACCAACCCAAGCUGUUUGCAUCAGUCUUUGGCUACAUUGCUAUUGGGAGAGUUCUUGACUGUCAAUCAUCCACUAAUAUGAAUGCUUCUUUCUUCACCCUUGCUUAUGAUAAAUAUGAUAUUCAUAAUCAGCUGCAACGAUUUUGGGAACUCGAGGAACCUGCUUCUAUCCCAGUCAAAGAAAACCCAGAAGAUUUAGCUUGUGAAAAGCAUUUUACAGAGACUCACUACAGACUUGAGAGCGGCCAGUACGUUGUUCGCCUACCGUUUAAAAGUGAGCCAAAGCAUCUUGGUGACUCUGAAAGAAAUUCUCUGAAAAGACUAUACAGUCUAGAAACAAAACUGACAAAGAAUUCUCUACUUAAGUCUGAAUACUGCAAUUUCAUGAAAGAAUACCUUGAACUGGAACACAUGAGCCCCACAUCAUCUACUUCAAAAUAUGUGAUCCCGCACCAUUCUGUUACUAAAGAAGAUCGCUCACAGAUUAAGCUCAGAGUAGUAUUUGAUGCUUCUUCCCUUACUGACUCUAACAUGACUCUUAACAACCAUCUUAUGAUAGGCCCAAAAUUACAGCAAGACAUCAAAAGUAUCUUGACAAGAUUUAGGAUGUAUCCAGUAGUUUUUGUGGCGGAUAUAAUAAAAAUGUACAGGCAGAUUUUAGUUCAUCCCUCUGAUAGGGUAUAUCAACACAUUUUCUGGAGAUUUGAUCCUUCUGAAGCUAUUCAGAAAUAUGAACUGAAUACAGUAACGUAUGGUACUACCUCAGCACCUUUUUUAGCCUUGAGAGUCAUGAAACAGCUAGCAAUCGAUGAAGGGACUGACUAUCCACAUGCAGCAAAGGCUAUUCUUCAAGACAUGUAUGUCGACGAUCUUGUCACUGGUGCUUCUACUGUUGAUGAAGCCUUGAAACUCAAGGAUGAAGUAAUCAAUCUUUUACACAAAGGUCAUUUUGGUCUAAGUAAAUGGGCCAGUAACUCUCAGGAAAUUUUAAAUGCAAUCAAUCCUUCAAAACAUAUCAAACAGAUCAACCUCUCAUCUAGUGAAGAUUCAAAUGUCAAGAUCCUAGGACUUCAAUGGAACCCUUCAAGUGACACGUUUGCAUACCAGAUUGAACAAUUUACACCUGUGUUUACUAAAAGGGCUAUCCUAUCAGCUGUGGCAAAGAUUUUUGAUCCUCUAGGAUUCGUUUCUCCUGUGAUAAUGAUUGCAAAGGCCUAUGGAAAUUGA